CUCUCUCCAUCAGCUCACAGUCGGUUUUGGACUUUUGGCAGUGCUUUUUGGACUUUGUUCACUUUGAUACAAAGACUGGGACUAGACUCCAGUCAUGGUUCGGGUUUCUCUGCCUGUGUUUGUGUUACUUCUGUCUGUGAUCCAGGCUGUUGUCGUGGUGAAUGCCAACUCUGGAGACCAUUUGAUAAGAAAAAGAAGUAAAUGGGUUAUCCCUCCAAAGGAACUGACUGAAAAUGAAGAUUACACACAUCUGGAAUCUAUAUCCAGGAUUCGAUCGGAUUUUGAAAGUGUCCACGAUAUUGAAUACUCUCUAGAAGGCAUUGGUGCAAACCUAAAUCCCUUCCAUGUGUUUGUAGUUGACUCUCGAACUGGACUAAUUCGUGUGACCAAAAAACUUGACAGGGAGGAAAUUGCUAUGUACAACCUGUCAGGUAUUGCCAAGCGCAAAGAUGGCAUGGAGGUGGAGAAAAAAAUUGAUUUACAAAUCAAGGUUGUGGAUCAGAACGACAACGAUCCAGUGUUUUCCUCCAUAGAGGUUGGCGAGGUAAAAGAGCUCAGUACCAUAGGCACUACAAUAAUGAAAAUAACUGCAACUGAUGCUGAUGAACCAGGGAAUGAGAACUCUCAGAUUGCCUAUUCCAUCAUUGAUCAGAAUCCAGCUCCUGACAUGUUCAAGAUUUACCCAGAUGGAACUAUCACUGUCAAAAGUAGUGCCCUGGACAGAGAGAGAGAAGAUGAGUACACUCUGACGGUGAAAGCACAGGACUUAAAUGGCAAACCAGGUGGAAACACUGGAACUGGCACUGUUGUCAUUAAAAUCCUGGAUGAGAAUGAUAACCUCCCCAAACUGGAAAAAGAUCAUUAUGAGGUCAACAUUACCGAGAACACAUACAAUGUGGAGGUGAUGAGAUUCCAAGCACAAGACCUGGACCUAAAGGGCACUGACAACUGGAUAGCUGUAUUUCAAUUUGUCAAAGGCAACGAGGCGGGGUACUUCAGCUUUAAAGUAGACGAAAAAACCAAUGAGGGCAUUCUAAUGCUCAACAAGGCUCUGGAUUAUGAGGAUGUGAAGAACCUUGACCUAGGAGUAGUUCUGAGAAAUAAGGCUGCUUAUUUAGCAGCAGGAUAUAUGACUGCUUAUUCAGCAGCAGGAAAUAUGGCAAUGUCUGAGGCUGAACUCAAAAUCUAUGGAAUCAAAGUCAAUGUGAUAAAUCAACCUGAGGGGCCAUUUUUUGACCCCAAAGUUAAAUCUAUUCACGUCUCAGAGGGAGACAAAACCAUCAAAAUUAAAGAAGUUAUUGCCAAGUAUCCUGCAAUGGAUGGAGACACUAUGCAAGAACCUAAAAAUGUCAGGUAUAUUAAGGGCUCGGACCCUGGCAACUGGCUAACCAUUGAUCCAAACACAGCUGAGAUCAAACUGAACAAGAUGCCUGACAGAGAAUCUAGUUUACUGGUUAAUGGGACAUAUUUUGCUAAAGUACUGUGCAUUUCAAAAGACAUGCCCGAUACAACAGCCACCGGCACCGUAGCCAUCCAGGUUAAAGAUUCUAAUGACCACUGCCCCACCCUGACCAGUGACUUCCAGACUAUGUGUACCACAAGUGACUCUGUAAUUGUGAAUGCUAAAGAUGAGGAUAUUUACCCUAAUGGACCUCCUUUCCACUAUGCCAUCAUCCCAGAGGGCACUAUGGGCAAAUGGCUGCUGGAGCGUCUAAAUGACACUGCAGUUAUCCUGAGAGCCAAGGAGGCCAUGUGGCCUGAACUCUAUGAUGUGAACCUUUUGGUAAAGGAUGGGCAGGGAUAUCAUUGUGAAGAAUCACAGAAAUUGAAGGUCCAAGUUUGUACCUGUGAAGAUGGAGUGACGUGUGGAAAAAAGGGUACCAAUCAACCCAGCAAAGGAGCAGACUUUGGACCUGCAGGCAUUGGACUGCUAUUCCUGGGCCUACUGCUCUUACUAUUCUUUCUUCUGUUGCUCUUCUUCUGCAAAUGUGGGGCAUUAGACGGAGGGCAAGUCUUUACUAAACUUCCUUUUGACCCCAAACCACACCUCAUUAACUACCACACUGAAGGCCAAGGAGAGAACACGGAUGUGCCGCUUGUGAUACGGCCAAUACAAGUGGAUGGACAAUAUAUCAAAGACGGUCUGGGCAUAGCUGACACAACUUCAUUUAAUCAAAUUACUGGUACAAUAAAAAAGACUAAUCAUCAAGAUCUUACAUCUCUUAACACCGAUUGGAUGAAUGGGACCAGCUAUCGAGAUGUUUCUAUUAGCGGCUUCAGAGGUUCAGCAUUUGGGUUUAACCAGGACUACAGCAAUGAAUUCUCCUCUAUAUUUAGAAGCAACAAAUCAGGUUUUGGUGGAGGACUUUAUGAUGGCAUGUCUCUAUCAGACCACUUUCUAAGAGAGUACUACACUCAGAAGGUGGCCAGUGAAAAUGAGAACCUUGGAAUGAAGGAUGGUCUUUUGGUUUAUGACUUUGAGGGCCAGGGCUCCUCCGCUGGCUCAGUGGGCUGCUGCAGCCUCUUGGACUCUACCAACGACCUGCAGUUCCUUGAUGACCUUGGACCAAAGUUUAAGACCCUGGCUGAGGUGUGCAGAGGCAAGAAGAUCUCAACUGAAGUCCAACAAGUGUUAAGUCCUCUGCCCAGUACCUCCAUCAACACUCAGAGCUCAGUAACAAGUGUGGUGACUACCCAACAGCUGCACCCUCCACCCCAGCCUCAGCCGACUGUCCCCAAAACAGAACACACUGUGAUCAGGGAGACAUCUGAGCGUUCUCAGAUGGCGAAGGAUAGCACGGUCACAGUGAUGGAAGGAAUGACCACAUUAAACAAAGACAUGACAAAUCAAGGCCAAAUGCUCCUGCUACAGCAGCAGCCCGUCUACUACACCACCAGCCCAGUGCUUCAGCCAAUGCAGUAUGUAGUCCAGCCACAGGCUCAUAACACCAUGGUGCUGGCUGAGGCACCAGUCACCAACCUGCAGGGCAUGGUACUGGUUAACGGCACCCAGACCGGACCUGCCCAAGGUAUGUUUGAAGGGUCAAGUGCCAACCUGAUUCACACUGGCAACCUCACUGGCUCGCAGACCAUGGUUGUUGUGGAGGGAGGGGUCCCUGCAGGGUCAGUGAAAGUGAUGAAGGGGAACCAGACCAGCAUUGUGCGAGGGUGCACAAUAAGUAACGAGGGACAGCUGACCCGGGAUGCAGGAGGUCUGUCCCCGAGGAGUGAUAUCUCUAGAUCUCAAAGAGUCCUCUAUAGUAAUAGCCGCACAUCCACUGGAUUUUAGAACUGCGUGGUGGGUUCCUCUACCACCACAGUGAAAACAACACCCACCGCAAGGUGAUGCAAGCGACAGGAGAACCUUUUCAGUGCUAUAAAACUGUUCCUCUGGCCUGGUCAAGGUGGUGAUGGGAUGUUUGUGGAAUACUUCCUUUAAGCUUGACAAAGUUUGUCAAUGACUUUACCCUUGCCCUUGUCUACUGAUAUGAAGUUGACUUGGGUAGAAUGCACUCCAGACAUUCCUGGCAACUUUUUAUACUUUACUUCUCAUUCUUCACCUCUCUCUGCAGUGACAGAGAAUGUCACGCAGAAUCAUGUUCAAUUUACUUUUAGCACACCCUCAUGUUAUAUUUAAUGUAGGGUUACAGUUAGAUGCUUUCUUUUGUCGUUUUGCACAAAUAAAAGUAACACAAAAAAAGUCAUAUUGGAACAAGUUGUUCUUCCAUAUUUUUAAACAGGAGCCUGAGUAAGGGAGAGUCUUGCUAGUUAUAUUCAGGAUUGCACUUGAACCGCUUGCUGCAGUUAUUAGAUGAAUAUAGAGAAAAAUAAAUAAAUAAAAAUACUGUGUGA